AUGAUCAACUCGAUCGACCGUGUCCUUGCUCUGACGAUCGUCACCUGUUUCUGGGCAACGGCGAAGGGAUACAAUGUCCUGUUGGCCACCAUGGGCGGCACUAAGUCCCACACCGUACCUUUCGUCGCUCUUGGCAGCAGUUUGAGGGCCAGGGGACAUAACGUGACGGUGGUCAGCGCGUUUCCUGGGCCUGCCGUGAACAACGACCUUCAGGAGUUCGUACCACCCCUUUUCGAGGCUUACGUCGAUAAUUACACGUCGGAAUGGGACCUGGUGGGCGCGAGGUUCCGUGACGAGUUGCCGAUCUCGCCCUGGGACGCAAUGCGAUACGCCUGGGAAGCCUGCGAGGCGCUCCUUCGGGACGAGAUGUCGGUUUCUUGGAUCAGGAAGCCGGAAGGUAAUCCUCGUCUUCGUUGGGACGUUGCCGUGGUAGAUGGCGCCUUUCCUGAGUGUCUUCUUGGAGUUCUCCAUGGCGAAAACGUGCCUACGAUCAUGCUUAACACGGUCGCCCUGUACAGCGGCUCCAUAGGGCGUCAGGGGAAUCCGUCUCCUUGGUCGGUCACGCCCUACUUCGGCAAAUCAUUCACGCAGGACAUGGGCUUCUUCGAGAGGAUACUGAACGCGGCGUGUCUAGUCACGCUGCGGAUCAUGCAUUGGAUCAUGACUACUGGAUACGUGCAGCCCGUUCUGAGAAGAUACCUCGGGGAUCAGCUGCCCGACGUACGUGACUUGACUGCCGAGGUGCCGUUGACGUUACAGAACAGCCACUACAGCGUCGCUGAUUCUCUGCCAUACUUGGCGAACGUUGUCAACGUCGCUUGCCUCCAUUGCAAUCCCGCCACUCAGCUUAGCAACGAUAUGGAGAACUUCCUGCUGCGAGGUUUCAUCUUCGUCUCUAUGGGCUCGUCGGUUCGAGCGUCGGGCAUGCCAGAGGCUCUUCGUCAGAUAUUCGUCGCAGCUUUUGCCACAAUCCCCUACAACGUUGUAUGGAAAUGGGAGGGUGGGAAGAUUAAAGAUCUGCCGUCGAACGUCAGAACGGCGGCUUGGUGGCCACAGCAGGACCUCCUCGGGCACCCGAAACUCCGAGCUUUCGUCUCCCACGGCGGCCUCUUGUCUCUGCACGAAGCAGCAUAUCAUGGUGCUCCGACUCUCGUUCUGCCUGUCUUCUGUGAUCACGACGGGAACGCCGCCCAGGCAGAAAAGCUAGGCUAUGCUCUGGUGAUGGAUCUAGCUGGCAUCUCGGUCGGAAAUCUUCGCGAGGGGAUCCUGAAGGUGGCCGCCGUGCACAACAAUUCGUAUCGAAUGGCAGCAAAGAAACGCAGCUCGUUGUUACGAGAAUUGCCAAUUAGUCCAAGAAAAUUGGCGACCUGGUGGGUGGAACACGUCGCCAAGUACAAGGGUGCUGAACAUUUGAUGAGUUCCACCAGACACAUGGGCGUCAUUCAUUAUUAUUCCAUUGACGUGGUGGCAUUCUAUGCGGCCGCGUUGGUGUUGCUCAUAUACGGGCUGAAGAAACUCUGCUGGAGAACGAUAUCGAAGCAGGCUGUUAAUAAAAAGAAACUAGACUGAACUGUGCUGAUUUUUCAAUAUAAACGCUACGAAUAUUUAUUGCGUUUUAUAUAGUUUAUUGUACCUGUAGAUUACACGUGUCGAUCGUAAGCGAGAAUUACUGUAAGA